CGCUUUUCCAGCAAUACAUAUUUCAGCUCUGAUCUCCAGCCCUCACUUUCCCUUCAUUGUUUGAGUCUUUUAUUGCAAAUGGGUCCUAUACCUUGUGUUGUUGAAAAGGAAACCUAUUUCUCUGUUAUUAUGCCUCCUGAAGAGAUUGAGAAGCAUGAAAUUCUCUGUGCCAUAAUUAGCAUGGAGCAGGAAGAAGCAGUAAGUUUAAAAGAAUGAUAGUACAUAACUUGAUACUUUCAUAGGUGCCCAUGAAUUGAUCCCUAAAGACAGUAUUGACCUGCACUGGCACUUUUGGAUAAUGGGUAUUUUUACCCCUAAAAAGAGCCAUCUACCCCAUCCUACAAUAGUAUUUCUAAAUCUCCAUGUGUAUGGAGCAGUUUUCACUGUUGUGCCUGAGCUCCACAUUUGCUGAUUACUUCUGAUGUUUCUUAAUACAGGGAAGCCCCAUCCGCCCGUUCCCACUCUUUAAAUCCUGUUGCAUACCUAAAUUCAGUGACUGGAAACCAGCUUAUAGGCCCCAUUCCUUGUUUGAGUUGCCAGCUGUAAUGUAUUCUUGGUGAUUUCCUCACCUAACUUGCCUCACCAUUGAGCCAUUCAUCCUCCAGUAUAACCAUCCUUUUGACAUAUUACCUCGUUAAGCCUAUUAGAAGGAAAAUGACUCAUUGCCCAAUUAGAUUAUGCUUGAGGCAAGCCUGGAAAAAAGGGAAAAAAAAAGAAAAAAAAAAUAACCAGGAGAUUCACACAGCAUCACACUUUAAAAGAAAAUAGAUUAUGCUUGACUGUCAGCCAGCCUUUCUUUCCCAUUUUCUAAAUUUCUAUAUGUGAUAAAAUGUUCAAAGAAACAAUGAACCUGUGAGUUUUCUCCAGGAUUGCACACAGCAUUGCCCUGGAGAUUUGAUCUCAAUUUUUCAGGUCCUCCAGGCCAAUCCUGAAGAGGAUUGGUGGGGAAUUGGCAACCCAACAGUCCUGGUAGAUACAAGCCUCAACAAAGAGAGAAGCAGUCAAUGAUCCAUGCACUGGCGAAGGGGUGCCCUUGCUACAAUGCAGUUCCAAUAUGUUGAGGAUCAUCAACUGGGGACAAAUAUAGCACUUCAAAUACUUUCCUUUUCCAACUUUUUAGGUGGGGAAUAUAAUUUUCUGUCUGAUUUAAUUCGAUUUAGAUGGAACAGUGCUGACAUUUGGUAACUGUUCCAAUGGUUUGUGCAACAAUAUAUUGUUAAUAGCAAGCAAGUAUCAGGUCUGUCUUUAAAUAUGUAUCGCAUUGACAGGCGAAAUGAUUUGAUGCCAGGGAGUUCAGCCAGUCAAUUCAGACUGGCGGCUGUUUCCGUGGCUUGGAGCCAAGCGCUCACAUUCCUUUGGGCGGUGUUAGAAUGGCGUUGGAGCCACGCUAGGGCUGGCCGUUCUGGCUGACUGGAGAGAGAUUGGGAGUGAUCUUUCUCAUGUUUUCUCUGGCAUCAUUGGAAACAAGUCGCAGCUAAUUAUCAUAUGGACAAUCUCACUCUAUCUCAGCCUCCGACACAGGACUACCAUUCUGAACGCCUAUGGUUCAUAUAAAGGACAAUUUCUCAGACUUGAAUUUAAUCUCUUGCGAGUAAAGAUAAAGUCUGGCAAAGUUCUUUCUCCCGGAGCCGCUUUUGCGAAGAUUAAGGGACUCCAAACAUUUUUUAAAGGGAUAUUAUAUUUGAAACGGCUUUCUAUUUGGAUAGAAGCCGCCCUGAGUGUCGCCUCUGCAAUAUUGGCAGCAGAAGCCACUUGCUGUGCUUUAUGACGAUGGGGAGUUCACCGGUGAGUUUGGUUCUCUUGGCCGGAUUGCUUUGGUUUUCGGACAUCGCUGAAGCGGGAUGCUCUGAAUCUCAGAAAUGCUGCAACGGCAGGGACCAUAGAUGUAGUAGCAUUGGUUGGACUAUGAACCGUGUUUACGGGACCUGCUACUGCGACCAAGCCUGUAGAAGCACUGGUGACUGCUGUUACGAUUACAUCGAGACAUGUCCAGCCAGUCCAUGUGUGGUGAGUGAGUGGAGUCAGUGGAGUGGCUGUGCUGAGCAAUGCCAGCCUACUGUGCGGAUUCGACGGCGUCAUGUUGAACAAGAACCACUGAAUCAUGGAGAUCCUUGUCCACCACUGGAAGAACGAGCAGGCUGCCUGGAGUAUAUGAAUUACCAGGGUGUACAUUGUGGACAGUCCUAUGGCCCUGCUUUUAUAAGCACUGCAGCAUACAAUAAGGAGAGAAGGAAGUUGGCUGUUUUUGAAGAUAAAGAGAUUCCUGGGUAUUGCACUGAGUUCACAAUUGAAUCACUGUCCUUCCACUGCACUGUAGAGAAUCGUUCAUUUGCAAGAUGGAUGCAGUAUCUCCGAGAGGGUUACACUGUCUGUGUAACAUGUCAGCCACCAGCUAUGAAUUCACACAAUCACCGUUGUCAUGGUGAUGGGGCAAAUGAUAAUGGGACUCAUGUCUUCCAAUGGCAAGCGGUGGGCAAUUCUCAAUGUAGAGGAACAUGGAGAAAAGUGCGUGAAGUGGCAGAGUGCUCAUGCCCCAUUGUUCACAGUUUUAUAUUUACUUGAGAAGUCAUUUCUUAUUUUAGAAAUGUUACACGCUAAUAGAUUAAGCUUAAAUUUUUAACAAUUUGACAAUAAUACCACUCACUUUGAUUCAAGAUCACACCAUGGAAGGAUUACAAAGCAGCACUGAUCUUUCAGAAUGUGAAUGAAAAUCUUUGAAUAGCCCCAUUCAAAUGUUGAAUAAAAUGCAGACAGGUAGUGAAUUUUUUAAUGCAUUGUUGCAUUUUAAUUUUUUUGUUUAAAGAUAAAACAUACCUCCAGGCAUAUCACAGACAUUUUGGUUUAGAAAUAUAAUUCAAAAUUGAUGAUAUGCUAUUUUUAGCAGUUUAAAAUUAAUGUAAAUCAAUAAGAAUGCAUUUAGUAAACUUGUUCUUUCAGGCCACCUCUAGUCCAGAUGAAUGAGGCAAAAAUAGAUUAGUUAGAACUAAUCCAGCUCCUAAACAGAUCAAGUGGCCAAACAUUAAAUAGUGAUUGAGCAAUAUUAAUGUCAGUAAUCUAACAUUAAAGUGUGAAAUCAAAUGUAAUGGUGGGUUCAGUAGACACAGCUUUUCAAUUGGAAUGAGCUUUGCAUUUCGUCUGGACAAUGCUUUGCCUCACUUAGGGAUAAAGAAUGCAGUAAUAUUGGCAGAAAAAUAUCUAUUCUAUCUGCCAGUAAAGUCAGAACUUGCUGCCCAAUACUAAUUUGGAGAUUUCACUGUAUUCGUUCAUAUUAAUUAUAUUGUUGUAAGCAAAUUUCAGUAUAAUAGAUAAUUGAAAGAAUGUUUAGUUAUUUUGCUUAAGACAAAUGCAGUUUUGUCUGACUGAUACCUGGGGAGAAUUCAAAAUAACAUUUUAGAAAUGGAGGAAGGUCAUGAUCCUAGAUGAAUCCUAGUUAGUUUUGGAUUCUGCUGAACAGUCACAGCAACUGUAUAAUAUGGGCUUUACAUGAAUUCAAAACAGUUUAUAGUAAGAUAGUGCAGUUAGAUACUGGCAAUCACCAUUGAAGCAGAAAUACAAAGGUUUCUCUCAACAAUAUAAUGUGAAUCCUGAAAUCAAAAGCACUGUUCAAUUUAAUAUUGCACAAAACUUAAUUAGAAUAUGCAUUACUUAAAGUCACGAUGCAAGUAAAUAAACCAUAAAUAAAGCAAAUUAGGGGUCGAGAAUUGACAAUGAGAGUUGGUGUAAAUACACCGUAACAAUUCUCUGAUUCUAUAAAAUUACAUUGAAUUUGUACAGCACAUGAGUUAGACCACAUAUUGAAUACUUGCAACAAUUCUGGCCAUCUUAUUAUAAUGAGAAUAUAAUGGCUCUGCAUAAGGUUUGACAAUAAAGAUUUACUGGAAUAAUUCUAGGAUUGAGAACUUAGUCUGAUCAGAAAAGAUUAAACAUGAAAAUUAAUUAGUUAUGGUUUUCAAAUAGAGUUUUAAAAAAUUGCAGCACCUGAUAAUACUAACAUUUAAAAAUAUUUUAUUUACUAAAGGUAUUUGAUUAGGCAGAUGAUUAAGAAAUAACUGUUGUAGCUUAUGUAAAUUUAUGAUUAUUGCAGUCAAGUAUAUUGUGUAUAAGAAACCACUCACCUUGGACUGUUACUGGUCAACUGACAUUUCAAAUAUAUCGCUGAUUUUAAGCAAACCUUUUUAUUAUAUAUUUGAAUUAAUGCAGUGAAUUUAAACAGCUGUUUAACUACUCUCUAAGUUCUGGCACACAGUAUCUAUAACAAUGUAAACUUUAUGUCUGGAGUUUCGUGAGUGUUUACAAAGAAUGUGUCUAGAUAUUAGUACUAUUAUCCUUAUUUGGUGGAAAUAAAAAUCAGCUUGCUUCUUUCUA